AUGCCGCCCCUGAAACUUUCCAUACCUACUGCGCAUAAUCAAACUCCCCCAGACGGCGGGAAACCCUACACAACCUACAUAAUCCGCAUCGAGCAUCCCUUCCCACGCGCCGCAACCACAGUCUCGAAACGCUACUCGCAAUUCUCCUCCCUCGACGCCUCGUUACGCUCCAAGACCGGCUCUGCACCUCCUGCGCCCCUGCCGCCAAAGUCCUGGCUCGGUGGAUUUCUGGGCUUGGGCAACACUGCAGGCUCGCCUGAGGCGAUUGAGAAAAGACGGGCGGGCCUGGAGGAGUAUCUCAGAGCCAUAGAAGGGAGUGAGGAUGCGCGGUGGCGUGCUUGUAAGGAAUAUCGUGCUUUCCUCGAGCUGGAUGACAGAGAUGGGAAGAACAAGCUGGCCGGCAUAGCAGGCGCGCAAUUUGGUAAAGACAGAGUGAGGGACAGUUCAGACUGGCUGGACAAACACUCGGAACUCAAAUCCAAUCUUCAGGACGCAAGGCGAUGGCUUACAGCGCGCGAACAAGCCACGGCCGCGACAGCCCAGCAUGAAGCCGCUGUCAACGCGAAGAAGAGUCUGGUCCGCGCCGGAACCCUUAUUUCAGCUCUCGAGGAAGCCUUGGGCCGACUGAGCGGAAAGAACGGGGAUGAGUGGUCGGGCGAGAAGUUGGGCGAUGGCGAGAUACGACGGCGCAGGGACAUGAUUGGUGGUUUGCGCAAAGAAAAAGACGGCCUAGAAUCGGUCCUAAACAGCAUGGCCGUCAAAGCUGCCCUCUCUGGCUCUUCUUCCAGCGCAUCAAAUACCGCCUCCGCAGCCGUCACAUCGCAACAAAAGGCAGGCCUCUUUGCACACGCCCCAAGGAACACCAAGCCCUCUGGCCGUCGGGUGCUAGGCGCCCCCGUACAGGAAACCGACAAGACCCGUGAAUUGGAUAAUGAAGGUGUACUGCAGCUCCAGCAGCAGAUCAUCGCGGAGCAGGAUGAGGAUUUAGUGGAUCUGACGACGGUGGUGAGGCGGAUGCGCGAAAUGGGCGUCCAGAUUAAUACGGAGAUUGUGGAGCAAAAUGCCUUACUAGGUUUGUUCGAGGAGGAUGUGGAGAGGGUGGAUGGCAAGGUCAAGAUUGCAAAGAAGAGAGUGGAUAAGAUUAGAUGA